AUCAGUCAGUCGCGAUCCGAAGCGUGCACGAUACGGUCGCUCUGUCGUCGCACCUCCCAAUAUAACCGCGACGUCAAUAACAUCGCGAAGUUUUACCAAAAUAUUUACAAUAAAAUACUUGAAUUGAAAGUGCGUGGAAUUAAAAUAUACGAGCCAAUGGAUCACUUGCAUUCCGGACUUCAACAAGUAAAGACGAAGACAGCGUCCUUAUAAGUUAAAUAGUGUGAGCGAGACAGCUUAUUAGAAAGUGAUAACGAUAUCCGUGUAUCGGAGAAAGUGAUACAGCGUUUUGUGAGUGCUGAGUUAAGAUGACGCCUAGUCCAGAAGAUUUGAGUAUUUUGGGGGGAAAUAAUAAUGUUGUCCCCCUACUGCCAAGACCUACAGUGGAAUUGGAGUUCAGUAACAUUACUUGUAACAUGAACGUGUUUAUAGCCAACAAGCUACGAAUUGAAAAUAAGCAGAUCCUGAAGGGAGUAUCAGGAUGCUUCAAGCCGGGACAGCUGACGGCCAUCAUGGGGCCUUCUGGAGCCGGCAAGACUACACUUCUCAACAUUCUAGCUGGUUACUCAACGCGUGGUGCGAAAGGCGAGAUAUCUGUAAACGGGAUAUGCGCAUGCGCCUCAAAGUCGACUGGCCGCGGAGGAGCGCGCUACAUCAGACAGCACGAUGAUCUUCGUGAGCACCUCACAGUGUACGAAGCCAUGUCUCUUGCUGCUGCAUUGAAACUGGCUGAUUUUAAUGCUCAUGAAAGGAAAGAAAAGGUGCACGAAAUCCUCUCAUUAUUAGGUUUGAGUAAUACAUCUAUAACUCUCUGCCGGGACUUAUCCGGAGGUCAAAGGAGGCGACUGGCUGUGGCCUUGGAACUACUCUCUGACCCCUCGCUCAUGUUCCUCGAUGAACCUACCACCGGUUUAGAUUCAUCAGCUUCAGCAUCUCUAAUUGCUCUGCUGAAUAACCUCGCGAGGGGUGGGAGGACGCUCAUAGCCACCAUCCACCAGCCUUCAGCCCUCAUCUUCGAGAAGAUUGACACAGUGUACUGCUUGCAAGCAGGGAUGACGUUGUAUAAUGGACCCAGAAGUAGCUUGGUGCCAGCUCUAGCCAGUGCCGGGAUGACGUGCCCACCAUACCAUAACCCAGCUGAUUUCUUAAUGGAAGUUGCAUCAGGUGAAUACGACGUAGAUUUGGUGAAAAGCGCUCAAAUUAUGAGCCGGUUUAAACCAGAUCUAACUGCCAAUGGCAACGGCAGUUGGGAAAGCCACAUUCCUACUAUACCAGCACUGCCCAGCCCUCUAGAUAUACGAUCAGAUUUGAAACAAAAACAGUCGUUACUGAGCCCAGACUACAAACAGCGAAAACUGUCGAAGAAUAUCUACAGACAAUCUGGACUAUUGCGACAAACAUGGAUUCUUUUAUAUAGGAACUACUUAAUGACUACAAGAAACUAUUCUUUAUUCAUGUACCGUGUUGCUGCGCAUGUGGUGAUCGCUCUUAUCUUCGGCUACUUGUAUCUUGGGGUGGGCAGUGAAGCAGGCUCUGUGCUUGGCAACUACGUCUACCUGUAUGGAUCUAUGCUGCUUGUCGUCUACACUGGAAAAAUGUCUGUCACUUUAUCAUUUCCCUUAGAAAUGGAUAUUUUGAGAGGAGAGUACUUCAAUCGCUGGUACAACUUAGGACCUUACAUAGUUUCAAUAUUAGCCGUGGAAUUGCCGUUCCAGAUGAUAUCAUGCGUUUCAUACGUGGUAUUAUCUUAUUGGCUGACUGACAACCCCCUGGAGCCUACGAGAGCAACCCUGUUCCUUGCCACUAUCGUCGCCACGUCACUAUGCGCACAGGCAUGGGGUUAUUUCAUCGGAUCCACAACUCCUACCAGGAUUGCAGUAUUCAUCGGUCCAGUCCUCGCGUGUUUGUUCUCCGUGUUUGGUUUCUGCCUCGCACUAGUGGACACUCCCUAUCAAUUCCGUUGGCUCCAUCAUAUUUCUUACUUCAGAGCUGGAUUCCACGUCGCCGUACAUUCAGUCUAUGGCUUUAACAGGACAAGGAUGCAUUGCUCGAAAGAAUAUUGCCACUACAUUACACCAAAGACAUUCCUAAAAGAGAUGGACAUGGAAAACGUUGACGUUGGAGAAAAUAUGGCGCUGGUUCUUUCAACGACAGUCUUGAUGCACGCUUUGACAGCUGCUGCUCUAUGGUACAGAUUAAAUAAAAGAUGAUUUAUGUGACUUGUUGAACGCCAUCUUGGAAUAUUGGAUUGGGUUUUUAUACUAUAGUAUUAGUUUAGAUACCGCGGGACAGAGUUAAGCUCCUAAUUAAUGACAUCGACAGGUUAAUUCUGUCAAUUUUGACUUUAGUAAUGAAGCUAAUAUAACUUACCUAAUCUUUUUUAGAACUUUUGAUUAUUAGUAAAAUAUUAUGUUAGGCUCCUAUUCUCUGUCUACGCGGCCCCUAUUUAUUUAGUAAUAGCAAUGUACUUAGUUUAAUUUUAACAGUGAAAGAAUUGACAGGCGCUAGAGAAUUUGUGAUAUUUCAAUAGGAACUUACGAUUUUUUUGUAACUACUAAUUUGUCAAGUAUUUUGUGACUCUGUUUUACUCUUUUUUGACUAUUUUUGUUCGAAAUUUAUUUUGACAAUAUUUUGAAUCAUCCUUAUAAAAACGGACCUGUAACAUAAUAAACAUAGAACAAAAAUAAUCAAAGAAUAUGUUUAAAUCAUGCGAAUACUUUGUAGCAAUCACUUCUAUACCAAUUUUCAAGAUUAUUCUUGCCUUUUUGAAGAAGAAUUGUGCUGAAUCCGUAACGUGCAAAUACGGAUUUUUAAUAAAAUAGAUCUGAUACCAUGACUGAUAAUAAUGAACUUAUAUAACAAUGAAACCUUUUUAAUAUUUUUUUCUAUAACAUACAAUAGUUUUUUUCUAUAACUUAUUCAUUCUUGUGAUUUGUAACAUUUCAUAUCCUAUCCCUAACUUCCGAAAUUCCUUUUAUUUAAAUCAAUCCGUUGAUAUCAUCUUCUUUAAUUAUUUUCAUAUGAAUUAUUAUUGAGCCACGCUUGCCUAAAAUCGAAAAUGAAUAUAUAUUUUUGUAACAAUCGUAAGCAAGUAUUAAAACCAUUAUAUUUCGCGAUAUAAUUGGAAUUAUGUAGUAGGUAAAUUAUUUUUCUUAUGUGAUAAUAAUUAUAUUUUAAAGGAAUUGUGUUUUUAGAUUAAUUUAUAAAAUUACUUAGUAGGUAUUAAUUAAAUAGGUUUAUUUUAUGACAAAUUUAAGGUUUGAAAUAAGGCUUAUGGUUAAGAUGAAUAACAGAGAAUGCUGCAAACAAAUUUGCGACACUUAAGUAGUAGAGUUACUGGAAUAUAACAUGUGAUAUUAAAAUGUGUCCCGGUAAAUAAUAAAUUAAUUGCAACUUAUAAAAAAAUAAUGAUCCAACUCAGUCCAAAAUCUCUAAAACUUAAAGCUAAAAUAUCAAUUUAACUGACAUGAAAUAACACGUUUCUUUUUAACGUUCAGUACCUGAAAGGAACCGUUAUAUGGAAAAACGAGAAUCAGAGCUCUCUGUCUUCCACCAGUCUGGGCCUGAAAUCUGGACGGAUAAUAUAUUAUUUUUUCUGUUGCCA